AUGGGCAAGAAGCAGGAGAAGAGCCCGGAGCCAGAGUACGGAGAACCUGCAGAGUUUGACCCGGGCUUCAAUGGACCCAUUCAGAAAAGAGGAUGCACCGACAUCGUCUGCUGCGUCCUGUUCAUGCUCGUCCUCCUCGGCUACAUAGCGGUCGGGAUAUUAGCUUGGCUCUAUGGCGACCCCAGGCACGUUCUUUAUCCCAGAAACUCAACGGGCUGGUUCUGUGGCAUCGGGCCAAAUAAAGACAAACCCAACUUGUUCUACUUUAACAUCCUCAAUUGUGCCACAUCUCUCAAUGUCAUGGCAACUGCUCUCAAUGGUUUCCAGUGUCCGACCACACAGGUUUGUGUGGAGGAAUGUCCCAACGAGUUCUGGGCUGUGCCGAUAGGGUCGUAUCUUCCACAUGUACCAGCAGCAACUGUCUUCAAUCAGAGCCUCUGUGUGCCAUCUUUAGAUCUGGCAAAUACUUCCCUGAGUGUUCAAGCCAUCGUGGACCAGGAGUUGUGUCCAUACUUCUCCAUGCCUACGACCUCUGUUCUGGGAAGGUGUUUGCCUGAUAUCACCAAACUGGCCGAUAUCCCUGGGGAAUUUUCUAAUAUUCCAGGUUUGCCCUCCUCAGUUAACGACACUAUCAACCUCAUCAAGAACGGCACUGGCGCACGGGACAUUGUGAACGGCUUCAACGCCCGAGAAGUCGGUGUCCGGAUCUUUGAGGACUUUGCAUCCUCGUGGCCGUGGAUCCUCCUUGGUCUGGUCAUAGCCAUGUUUGUCAGUCUGCUGUUUCUGCUGCUGCUGAGAUUCACUGCUCCCGUCAUGGUGUGGGUGCUCAUCGUAGGAGUCCUGGCAGCUGGAGCUUAUGGGAUUUGGCACUGCUACUGGGAGUAUGAUAACUACAAGAAAAUCUCCGCCACCAUCUCUGACAUCGGUUUCACCACCAACUUCAACGUUUACCUACAAGUCCAAGAAACCUGGCUGGCAUUCUUGAUAAUCGUAUCUGUGAUGGAGGCGAUCAUCCUCUUGACGCUCAUCUUCCUGCGAAACCGAAUCCGUAUUGCCAUCGCCCUCAUCCAGGAGUCCAGCAAGGCGAUCAGUCACAUGAUGUCCGCACUGCUGUACCCUCUGGUCACCUUUGUCCUCCUAGUGGUGUGUGUUAUUUACUGGGGCUCCACUGCUUUAUAUUUGGCCACGUCAGGAAGUCCAAUCUACAGAGUUGUGGCUCUCAACUCCUCAAUGAGUGACUGUAAGAGUGUAAAUGGCACAGAGGACUGUAACCCUCAGAACUUCACCUUGUCAGAUUACCCAGGCUGCCCCUCAGCCAGCUGCAUCUUCAUCAAAUACAACAACGAGGGUCUCUUGCAGAGGAACCUCUUCAACCUGCAGAUCUACAACGCGGUGGCUUUUCUCUGGUGUGUGAACUUCGUCAUCGCCCUGGGGCAGUGCACGCUGGCUGGGGCCUUCGCCUCCUACUACUGGGCCUUCAGCAAACCAAACGAUAUCCCCAUGUUCCCUGUGUGGGGGGGCUUUAUACGCUCACUCAGGUACCAUGUUGGCUCUUUGGCAUUCGGAGCCUUGAUCCUGACCCUGGUGCAGGUAGUGAGGAUGCUUCUGGAAUAUAUUGACCACAAAACAAAAGCGGCGCAGAAUCCAGUUGCACGUUUCAUAUUGUGCUGCAUGAAGUGUUGCUUCUGGUGUCUGGAGAAGUGCAUCAAAUUCCUCAACAGGAACGCUUACAUCAUGAUCGCCAUUUAUGGGAAAAACUUCUGUGUUUCUGCCAGAAACGCUUUCAUGCUGCUCUUGAGGAACAUAAUAAGGGUCGUGGUGCUCGAUAAGGUGACGGACGUGCUGUUGUUCUUCGGGAAGCUCCUGGUGGUUGGAGGCGUGGGUGCUCUGUCUUUCUUCUUCUUCUCCGGACGAAUUCCACUCCCGGGCAACACCUUCAGCCAUCUAAACCUCAACUACUACUGGAUGCCGAUUAUUACCGUGGUGUUCGGUAGCUACUUCAUCGCCCAUGGAUUCUUCAGUGUGUACAACAUGGCUGUUGACACACUCUUCCUCUGCUUCUUGGAGGACCUGGAGCGGCACGACGGAUCUCUGCAGAAGCCGUACUUCAUGUCCAAAAACCUCAUGCAAAUCCUCAACAAAUCCAACAAGGAACCGAAGAGGGCUAAAGGAAAAGACUAA